AUGAAUGUUCUCAAUUAUGUGCACGUGAAGAAACUCUAUGUUGAAGACGAUGAACCUAAAGCUGAGCUGAUCUGGGGUGUUGUCUGCAGUAAGAGUGUAUUACAUGAGUCUAUGGCUGAGCCACUUCGUGAUGCAUCUGUUAUGAUUGUAGCUGGCUCGAUUGAAUAUGAAAGAGUGCCAGGACGUUUAUCCACGCUUGAGCCAAUACUGUGUCAGGAGGGCGAAUUUCUGGCGAAACAGGUCUUCAUCUGCAUUUUUUCCCGUCUUUUGAGUGCUUACUGUCGACGACAAGUUGGACGAAUAAUGUCACGACGACCAUCUGUACUUCUCGUUGAAGGAAACGUUUCGAGAUUAGCAUCAAACCUUUUGCGCGAUGAAGGUGUUCGGCUAGUUGUGAACGUUAGCGCGCGUGUACUUCAUCGUGUGGCUCGCUCCACUGGAGCCGAUAUCUUGCCUAGUUCUGAUGCGCAGUUGAUCCAGCAAAACAUUGGUUUCUGCCCGUUUUUCACGCAAAGAUCUGUCGCGUUGAAAGAUGGUCAUCAGAAAUUACUUCUCAUUCUCGACGAAUGCCCACCAGAUCGGGGAUGUAGUGUGUUGGUCAAAGGAUCAAAUGCUCGCGAACUGAAAGCAGUGAAG